ACGGCUGUGGGCGCUCGAUGUUCCUACGAGAAGUCUUGUUAAAGCAGCCCCCUUGACAAUUGAGCCUUGAGCGACAACUACGAGGACGCUCUUGCCGUCGCUCGAUUCCCACGACGACCCAACAUCUUCACUCGGAUAUACUCUGCCAACGACGACCGCUCACACUUCCAGCCAUCAGGGACUGCAACGGCGGCCAUGAAGGACUCCCUCGUCCCCUCCGUCUUCAAGAAAAGGGAGCCAUCACCGUCAUUCUUCGCAACGCCCCAGGGCCUCAUCACGGCCCUCCUCACAACCCCCCUCCUCUACUUUGCCCUUCACCCCCGGACCUGGAAACGAUACAAAACCGCCGAAUACGUUACCCCAGACGUACUGCACCGGUUCAAGCCCAACGGUCCCAAACCCUCCCCAUCAUCAUCAUCUACGCUCCCACCGGGCCAAGGCACCCUCGCCGGAAAGUGCACCUCCGUCCGGGACAACGAUAACUUCCGGCUGUACCAUCGACCGUUCUGGCAUCGCGUGCUGAGGUUUCGUGUGCCCGCGACACAGAAGGAGUUGAAGGACGAGACGAUUCAUGUGCGAUUGGCGGGGGUUGACGCGCCGGAGGCCGCGCAUUUCGGGCAGCAGGCUCAGCCGUACUCUGCGGAAGCUAAACAGUGGCUGGAGCAAAGGGUCAUGGAGAAGACGGUGUUUGUUAGGCCGUUGAGGAGGGAUCAGUAUGGGCGAUUGGUCUCAAUGGUCUGGACACGCUCCCUCUUUCCUCCCUUCCGACGCAACGUGAACGUCGACAUGCUGCGAGCAGGAUGGGCGGUCCUUUACACGGCUACGGGCGCAGAGUACGAUGGAAUGUACGAGGAGCUUAAGCAGGCGGAGUUGCAUGCUAGGGCGACACGGCGCGGCAUGUGGGCCUCCGAGAAGCCGUUGGUCAGCCCUGGGGAGCAUAAGAAAGCUGGGCGGAAGGCCUAAAAUGCGAUAGCUUGUGGACAUCUGUUUCUCUUUGGGUUCGGUUCUCUUGGUUCUCCGGCGUUCAUCCCUCCAGCUGGAUGCACUCGAAUCGCGUUCGAUCGCAUGGGCGACGCCAGAAUGAAACGGGA